AUGCCUGAACAACUCUCCAUCGUCAUCAUCGGCGCCGGCCUCAUUGGGCCCCGCCACGCCCAGUCCGUCCAGGCACACCCAGAGACAAACCUCGUCGCCUUCAUCGACCCAUCCCCCUCUGCCCAGCCCAUUGCAUCCUCCUUCAAUGUCCCCUGCCACCCUUCCCUGGACGCCCUCCUAUCAAACACUUCCUCGCCUCCCGACGCCGCCAUAAUCUGCACCCCAAACCACACCCACGUCCCCCUCGCCCUCCAACUCCUAAAGCAGAAAAUCCACAUCCUGCUCGAAAAACCCGUCUCAGACUCCCUAGCCACCGCAAAGUCCCUCCUCUCCACAUCCUCCCAACACCCCGACGUCAAAAUCCUCGUCGGCCACCACCGCCGCUUCAACCCUUACAUCCAGAGCACAAAGGCCCUGCUCGCCGCAAACUCCCUCGGCAGUAUCAUCGCCGUAAACGGCCUCUGGACACUCCUCAAACCAGACUCUUACUUUGCGCCGCCGCUAGGCUCCUGGCGCGCUGAUAGGGAGAAGGGCGGGGUGCUUGGUAUAAACCUCAUCCACGAUAUCGAUGUGCUGCAGUUCCUAUUUGGGCCGGUGAGGCGUGUUUUUGCCGAAGGAACGAAGCCUCAGCGUGAGCAGACCAAUCCAGAGCAUACCGCUGAGGAAGGGUGUGCGGUGACGCUGCGCUUUGCGAGUGGUGUUGUUGGGACGUUCCUUGUUAGUGAUGUUGUGCCCUCGCCGUUGAAUUUUGAGACGGGUACGCGUGAGAACCCGACUAUUCCGGGGGUUGAGAGGGAGGAGAGUGCGAGUGAUUGUUAUAGGAUCUUUGGGAGGGGUGGGAGUUUGAGUGUGCCGGAUAUGACGAGGUGGAGUUAUGAUGGUGUUGAUGGUAAUAGCUCUGCGGAGAAAGGGUGGAAUUCUGGGCUUAGUGUUGAGAGGAUGCCGGUUGAUGGGGUUGAUGUGAAGCCGUUUGAUAGGCAGUUGGAACACUUUGUGAGGGUUUUGAGGGGGGAGGAGGAGGUGAGUUGUUCGGUUGAGGACGGUGUUAGGGCGUUGAGGGUUGUUGGGGGUGUGAGAGAAGCGAUGGAGAGUGGGAAGCCAGUAGAUAUUGCAGAUAAAUAA